CCGCGCGGCGGCGGCGGCAGCCGGCCGAGCAGGGAGAGAGGCUGCCCGGGCCGUGUCGGUUGCCGAGGGGAUGUGACAGGGCCGCCCCCAUGUUGCGCUUUCCGACCUGCUUCCCGUCCUUCCGGGUGGUGGGAGAGAAGCAGCUGCCGCAGGAGAUCAUUUUCCUCGUCUGGUCACCCAAGCGGGACCUCAUUGCCUUGGCCAACACUGCGGGCGAGGUUUUACUUCAUCGACUUGCAAGUUUUCAUCGAGUUUGGAGUUUUCCACCAAAUGAAAAUACAGGAAAGGAAGUGACUUGUCUGGCUUGGAGACCAGAUGGCAAACUUUUGGCCUUUGCUCUUGCUGAUACCAAGAAAAUUGUUUUGUGUGAUGUAGAAAAACCUGAAAGCUUGCACUCUUUCUCUGUGGAGGCUCCGGUUUCUUGUAUGCAUUGGAUGGAAGUGACUGUAGAAAGCAGUGUUCUAACAUCCUUUUAUAAUGCUGAGGAUGAAUCAAAUCUUCUCUUACCUAAACUACCUACAUUGCCAAAAAAUUAUAGCAACACCUCAAAAAUAUUUAGUGAAGAAAAUUCUGAUGAAAUUAUUAAGCUUUUGGGAGACGUCAGGCUUAAUAUUCUAGUCCUUGGAGGAAGCUCUGGAUUUAUUGAGCUUUAUGCUUAUGGAAUGUUCAAAAUUGCUCGAGUCACAGGGAUUGUUGGUACUUGUCUUGCAUUAUGUUUAUCAAGUGAUUUGAAAUCAUUAUCCGUGGUCACAGAGGUUUCUGCCAGUGGUGCUUCAGAAGUUUCAUACUUUCAGCUUGAAACCAAUCUGUUGUACUCUUUCUUACCUGAAGUAACUCGGAUGGCCAGAAAGUUUACUCACAUUUCAGCUCUUUUACAGUAUAUAAAUUUGUCACUAACAUGUAUGUGUGAAGCAUGGGAAGAAAUACUAAUGCAGAUGGAUUCUCGUCUCACCAAGUUUGUGCAGGAAAAGAACACAACCACAUCAGUGCAAGAUGAAUUCAUGCACUUGCUGUUGUGGGGUAAAGCAAGUGCUGAACUUCAGACCCUCUUAAUGAACCAGUUAACAGUAAAGGGCUUAAAAAAGCUUGGCCAGUCUAUAGAGUCAUCGUAUUCCAGUAUACAAAAAUUGGUUAUAAGUCACUUACAGAGUGGCUCAGAGUCUUUAUUAUACCAUUUGAGUGAACUGAAAGGAAUGGCUUCAUGGAAGCAAAAAUAUGAACCUCUUGGACUAGAUGCUGCAGGAAUUGAAGAUGCUAUUACUGCUGUGGGUUCCUUCAUACUCAAGGCAAAUGAACUUCUUCAAGUUAUAGAUAGUAGUAUGAAAAACUUCAAAGCAUUUUUUCGAUGGCUCUAUGUGGCAAUGUUGAGAAUGACAGAAGACCAUGUGCUUCCCGAGCUGAAUAAGAUGACUCAAAAAGAUAUCACCUUUGUUGCUGAAUUUCUUACUGAACAUUUCAAUGAGGCUCCAGAUCUUUAUAAUCGAAAAGGAAAAUACUUCAACGUUGAAAAAGUUGGUCAGUACUUGAAAGAUGAAGAUGAUGAUCUUGUGUCACCCCCUAACACAGAGGGAAACCAGUGGUAUGACUUUCUUCAAAACAGCAGCCACCUUAAAGAAAGUCCUUUGCUGUUUCCUUAUUAUCCUCGAAAAUCAUUGCAUUUUGUGAAAAGACGGAUGGAGAACAUUAUUGAUCAGUGUUUGCAAAAGCCAGCAGAUGUAAUUGGAAAAUCGAUGAAUCAAGCAAUCUGUAUUCCAUUAUAUAGAGAUGCUAGAAGUGAGGACUGUACACGUAGAUUGUUCAAAUUUCCUUUUCUGUGGAAUAAUAAAACUUCAAAUCUACAUUAUCUUCUUUUUACUAUUUUAGAAGAGUCACUUUAUAAAAUGUGCAUCUUAAGGAGACAUACUGAUAUUUCCCAAUCUGUAAGUAACGGACUAAUGGCUAUUAAAUUUGGGAGCUUCACAUAUGCCACAACCGAAAAAGUGAGAAGAAGCACCUACAGUUGUUUAGAUGCACAGUUUUAUGAUGAUGAAACUGUAACGGUAGUUCUGAAAGACACUGUAGGACGUGAAGGAAGAGAUAGACUUUUGGUCCAGUUGCCAUUGUCUUUAGUAUAUAACAGUGAAGAUUCUGCAGAAUAUCAGUUCACUGGGACUUACUCUACAAGGCUGGAUGAGCAGUGUAGUGCUAUUCCCACACGUACCAUGCAUUUUGAGAAGCAUUGGAGGUUGCUGGAAAGUAUGAAAGCACAGUAUGUUGCUGGGAAUGGUUUUCGAAAAGUGUCCUGUGUGUUAAGCUCAAAUCUCCGUCAUGUGAGAGUAUUUGAAAUGGACAUAGAUGAUGAGUGGGAGCUCGAUGAGUCUUCCGAUGAAGAGGAGGAGGCCAGUAAUAAGCCUGUGAAGAUAAAGGAAGAAGUGUUGUCCGAAUCAGAGGCAGAGACCCAACAGGCUGGUGCUGCUGCUUUAGCUCCAGAGGUAGUCAUUAAAGUGGAAAAGCUUGACCCUGAGCUGGACUCAUAAUCUAGCUUGCCGUUAUUCUGUAUGUUCUCAUUAUGUUGGAAAGGACAUAGGAGUGUCUUGGACCGCUUUUAAUUUUCUUUGUAUAACACAGAAAUAAACAGUAAAUUUUAUUUUUUCUU